AUGGCAACCCAACAAGCAGAACAACUCAUUUUCAUUUCUGCUGCGGGCUAUUCUGUUAAAAAAUUUGGAGUAAAUUCUAGAGAACUCAAUAAUGUUCCAAGAAUAAAGAGCACUCCUUUUCCACUACAGGCAAGCUCCCUCUUUGGUGGUCCAGUUCCUUCCUCAACUCCUGCAACUUUAGGCACCGUUGGUAUUGGAAAUGCUCCUAGGAACGUAAACAUUCAUAUACAUGCUGGUACCUCUCUUGCACCAAUUGUUUCAGCAAUUGGUUCUAGGCCAAAUAAUGGAGAAGGGGCAAGAAGUGAGCAGCAUAAUGAACCUGGUUCUAGUGAUUCAGGUUCGACACAGGUAUUACCUGUUAGAAAUGUCAUAGCAGCAACUAUCCCAUCACAUCCUCCUGGUGUUGAAGUCUCUGGCAGCACACAAACUGGGUUUGGUGUUUCUACUUCACAGCCACCUGAUUCAGCUUCUCUUGUAGCUGCAAUUAAUUCUCGCAUUAGGAAUAUUGUUGAAAGUAUGCAUGGAAAUAACACAGUUUCAUCAGGGGACAUGAACUUGUCUACUGGAUUUGAAUCAAGACCCUCUACACUAAAUGCACAGCAAGAUACCAUGGAGAUGAAUGGCUUUGAGGCUGCCAGUUCUUCCUCAGUUGGCUGCGCUGAUGAAAGUGAAGUACAGAAGCUCCGAACCGAAGCAGUCCAAACCUCUAAUAAUAAUGAAAGAGAUGUUUUGGUUGACAAAUUUGUCUCAAGUUCUUCCAAACAAGAUUUACAAAGUUGUUCUAGUGGAGAAACUAUAGUAAAACCAGAAAAAGAACAAGAUGUUCCAGCUGUUAGUGAGAGACAAGAUGUAACUGAACCUUCCAAAUCUGCUCCACUAGGGCUGGGUGUGAGUGGUUUAGAGCGCAAGAAGCGAAACCGACCUCAACCUCCUGUGAGUAAAAAUGGUGAUGAUGGAUCAUCCAGUUCUUCUGUAAAUCAAAAUCAGCAAACCAGAACAGAUGGUCAACAUAUAUUACAAACUCUUGCAAGUCAUGGAUCUGCUUUGAAUUCACAUGUUAAUGGGCCACCCCAGCGGCACUUGCCCUCUGGUAAUCGCUCGAUUGAUGUGGCUGGUUUAAUGUCUCAAGCUUUACAAAGUCCUGCUUUGAAUGGUUUGUUGGAAGGGCUUUCACAGCAAACCGGAGUUGACUCACCUGAUGGUUUGAGGAAUAUGUUGCAGCAGUUCACACAGAGCCCACAGCUGAUGAACACAGUCAACCAAAUUGUCCAACAGGUUGGCAGUCAGGAUAUGGGAAAUAUGUUUUCUGGAGCGGAAAGAGGCCAGGGUGGUGGUAUUGACAUAUCAAGGAUGUUUCAACAGAUGAUGCCCAUUGUAUCUCAAGCUCUUGGUGGGGCAAAUCCCUCACUGUUCUCUGUUGAAGAAGCAGAGCCCCGUGCACCCUACCAAGAUGGAACAGUUAACAGAGAUGAAUAUUCUGAUCAUCAAAGUUUACAGCUCGACCUUCAACCACUGGCUGAGAGGAUUGAGCAUUUGAGUCCUACAGAUAUAUUCCGUGCUGUAGCUGACAAUACUGUCCAGUUAUCUGGCACUGGAAGCGCUUCUAAUGAUCUUCUGAAUGAGUUAUGUAACAAUGAGAGUCUUGCCAGGGAAUAUGUAGAUAUGUUGCGAUGUGAUUUAAGUAAGCGGCUCGAGGGACAUUCUGAGCCGGACAAAUUCUAA